AUGCAAGGCAGGAUAAUGGACUACGAUACUCUAGGCCGACUUAUCCGAGUCCGUGACAAGGACCAGGAGCUGCUGUGCGAUUACCGCUACGAUGCCGCUGGGAAGCUCGUUGCCCAAAUCGCCCCCGGCCAGCCGGAUACCUACCUGUUCUACAGCGAGGAAGCGCUCAUCGCCACUAAAACCGGUGAAUCCCGAACCAGCUCCCUGUCAGACGGCAAGACCUUCUGGGGCCAGAUCGUGCAGAACACUGAAUCUGCGCAGCAGCCCGAGCAAAAUCCAUCUCCAAUCCUAUACACCCUACGGUCUAAGCACCAGGCAACCGAUACCGCAUAUAUAAUCCGAUCUUACAACGCUUCCACACCCCCGACCCCAUUUGCCUCCGGCGAACACAACCCAUAUAACUACUGCCUAAGCGACCCCGUCAACCGCGUCGACCCAAGCGGCCACCGCAGCGUCCUUGGUAUCUAUUUCGGCUGGAAGACUCUUAUCGAGUCCAUCUUGGGCGUUCUAGCCAGCAUCCUCGCCGUGAUAUUCACAGCCGGCGCCGGUCUAGCUGUUGAAGUAGCCGUCGGCACCGUGGUUGGGGGUGUAUCCAGCGCAGCCGGCGGCGCCCUAGGCGACCUGGCCGAAGGCCAAACACCCAGCUGGAGCAGUGUGGGCGAAAACUUUGGCAUGGGUCUUGCCACGAGUUUGGCAGGGCCACUUGUCAACCGAGCUUUCGGGGCUGCUAAGGCGCUGUAG